AUAUGGGAUAUUUCAAAACUAUGAGAAAAUGAAGAUGGCCAAUGGUGAAUUUGAUUUGGCUGAUCUAGUAAUUGAUCUUCAUCACCGACUUAAAAAGGGAAAAUAUCAAGGAGGUGAAGUUCAUUUUGUUUAUGUUGAUGAGGCGCAGGAUCUUACAAUGAGUCAAAUUGCUCUGUUCAAACAUAUCUGCAAAAAUGUGGAAGAGGGAUUUGUUUUUUCUGGUGAUACAGCAUAAACAAUUGCCAGGGGAGUUGACUUCAAAUUUGAAGAUAUACGAUCUCUGUUCUACAAGAAGUUUGUAAUGGAAUCAGGAAGCAAUGAAUAUGAUGACAAAGAACAGAAAGGACAACUCUCAAAAAUUCUUAAUUUGAGCCAGAACUUCCGUACCCAUGUAGGUGUCCUAAAGUUAGCUCAAAGCAUCAGUGACCUUCUUUACCGUUUCUUCUAUCACUUUGUUGAUGUUUUAAACCCUGAGACUAGUAUGAUAUAUGGGGAAUCUCCAAUUUUGCUUAAAUCUGAGAACAAUAAAAAUGCAAUCAUACAAAUUUUUGGAAAGACUGGAAAUGCUGGUGGUGCUAUAGUUGGUUUUGGAGCGGAUCAGGUAAUAUUGGUAUGGGAUGACAAUGCUCGGAAGAAUAUUUAGGACUAUGUCAGGAAUCAAGCUCUUGUUUUGACAAUAGUAGAGAGCAAAGGCCUUGAAUUUAAGGAUGUAUUUUUAUACAACUUUUUUGGUUCAUCAAAUCUUAAGAAUCAAUGGCAAGUGAUUUAUGAAUAUAUGAAGGAACAAAAUUUGCUUGAUUCCACAUCACCUAGGUCUUUCCCAAGCUUCAAUGAAGCUAAACACAACAUCUUGUGUGCUGAACUGAAGCAACUGUAUGUCGCCAUCACUCGUACAAGUCAAAGGUUAUGGAUCUGGGAGGAUAAUGAGGAUGUCUCAAAACCUAUGUUUGACUAUUGGAAGAGGAAAUUUCUUGUUCAACUCAAACAGUUGGAUGAUUCAUUUGUACAUGCAAUGCAAGUUGUGAGCACCCCAGAGGAGUGGAAAUUGAAGGGACUCGAGCUAUUUCAUGAAUGUAAUUAUGAAAUGGCAACUUUUUGCUUCGAAAGAGCUAAAGAUUUUUACUGGGAGGAAAGGUGUAAAGCUACUGCCCUUAAAGCUGAUGCUGACCGCAUCCGCAGUUUAAACCCUGUGGAGGCUAAUAUCAAACUAAGGCAAGCUGCUAUAAAAUUUGAAGCUAUAAGCAAUGCUGAUUCAGCCGCCAAAUGUUUUUAUGAGUCGGGGGAGUAUGAAAGAGCUGAGGCUUUGAUAGAAAAUGCAGAUGAUGAAAAGAGCAUUUUGUUGAAUGCCCCAGCAGUUGAGCAGAAUAGGAGUACUAAAGGCAAGGCAACAGAGGCGGGAUCAGAAGAGAAAUUGGAUAAGGACAGUAAGGAGGCAUUGCAAGUUCAUCUAGCUUCUGGUUCCCAGUGGCCAGAAAAUUCUGAGAAGACUGAAAGCAAGGUGAAGGGAAAGAAAAAGCCUAAGAGAAAGAACAAGCGAAAUGAAUUCUGGCAACAGAAAGAUACGCAAAUGAUGAUGAAAUUCAAUCAUGACAGCACUCUUUAUAAUAAAAAAUUCAAUGAAUUGAGCCCAGGAGGGCGAUGAAAGAAUCUCCUGCAUCUGUCAUACUAAUGGCAGAUUGUUUCAUUUCCCUGUGGUUUGUUGGUGGACUCACAGGCUUCCGUUUGUCUCUCAUCGGCACAAAUCAGCUACUGAAGAUUUCCCAGCGUCGUAAUAUUGAAGAAAUAGAAGGGGGCAUCCGUAGUAGAGGUAACAAUGGUCCUCCCCAUAAUGCCGCAGAGGUUGAAAAUGUUAUGAGUUCAGAUAUCCGUGCUCCCACCAUUCGAGCAGAUACUCGGCACUCAAGUUGGGGAAGA